AUGGAUAAUUUGACUUUCUUUCCUGCUUACAUCAUCAUUACUGUUCAUCUAGGAAUUGUUUUGAGAAUGGCUCGCUUAAUUAAGGAUGGUUCUUUAAGAGAGCAGAAGUCUAGUGCAGAACCUCUAACACCUGUUAACCACAUACUUGGGAGUGGUUGCUCCUUACUAAGACACUAUUUGAUUCAUUUGUUACUAGGAGAACCAGGAAUUGGUGGUUCAUCUACACCAUCAAUGGUUGGUGCUGUAAAAAAAUGGCAAAAGUCUGACCCUCAGAAAUCCCUGGACACAUGGAAAAGACUAUCAGAGGCGAAUUCACAGUUAAAAAUUCAAUUGAAUUUUUUGAGUAAAUUAGCAAAGGAACAAUGGGAUGCAUAUAAAUAUGUGAUUGAUAGCUGCAACAAGCUCAGAUUAGAAAAGUGGAUAGAGCAAGCUUCUGAACCCAACAAGGAAGCAGUUAUUAAAGUAUUGCUAGGUGCAAAAGAAGCUAUGCUUAGGAUUAGAUAUCAUAUGCGCCUAAUGGGUGAGGCUGCAGGUGUUCCUAUUGAACCAGAAUCACAAAUAAAACUUUUAGAUGCUACACUGAACUUGGAAGGAGUGUUGUUGGCUGGAGUUCCAAGAGCAGGAGGAUUUGAUGCUGUCUUUGCUAUUACUUUGGGAGAUUCAAGCAGCAAUGUGACAAAAGCAUGGAGCUCACUCAAUGUUCUUGCCCUUCUGGUUAAAGAAGAUCCUUGUGGCGUUUCUUUAGAAAGUGCUAACCCUAGAACAAAUAAAAUCACUUCAGCUAUAUCUUUAAUUCAUAUUGAAUAA